CACUUAUGUCUGCUAUUGAUAGCACAUCUGAUAUUGAUAUUCUAUGACCCUUUGGCACUCUGAUUCUCUCUCAACCCUAUGCACCUGAUGACAAUGAGGAUGAGGAUAAAGAGCAGGAGGAAUCUAGAAAUCAGGAUGUACAGCCAAUUACUAGUAUCAUGGGUAUACCCUAUUCACAAGACAUUGAAGAAGCAUUGACAAUGGAGAAUAUUGGGUUAAGCAGUACAUCCCAAAAAUUCUCCUCAGAGGUUAUCUUAGAUGGCCAGAAGCUAAAUAAAGCUCAUGCUCUUGCAAUUCGAUCAAAACACCAUUAUAUACCAACAUCAACAAAUCAGCUGCAACGUGUUGCUGGUGAGAGAAGAUUUGCACAUUCACACACAAGUCCCAUGACAAUCAUUGGUCACCAGUCUACAUCCAGUGAGCCCAGCCUGAUGCUGAGUGAGCCUAUCACUACACUUGUCUAUUGUGAGAAGAACAUAUUUCUAGCUGUUGCUGAAGUAGUUGAUAUUCACCUCAACUUGGACUCUCUAGAGAAGCUACCAUUAGAUCUUCUCAAAGAAGAUACAUCUACAGUAACAUACCAAAUUGUUGAUCUCAUUCCAACAACUCAGGAUGAUGACCCAUCCCUUAAAAGUGACUGGCACUCUACUAGUCAUCUUCAACCCACAAUUUGUACUGUGCCAGGUCAUCUCAUUCAACCCAUUAACCCCAUACUGUCCACUGCAAAAGAAAAACCAUUCUAUUUGUUUAGCAGUGAUGUACUCAUGACAUCAGCAAGCAGCCUGAUAGGACAAAUACAUACUGGAGAUAUCAAGCGAAUUCCUACAGUUUGUAACGAGCAUGCCGAUGGAAACCCGACUUCCACUCAACCCAACAAACCACAGCCCGGAAUCCUACGGAUUCCGAUUCCCACUUUCUAUUUCAUAUUCUAUUUCAUAUUCCUUUUUAUAUUUCACUUCUCCAUUACAAUUUAUCAAUAGCCCAACAUCGGUAGCGAACAUGUCAUCGGACCCCAUCAGCUACCGACCGGUAGAAUACAUCCUCCGACAACCCUAGAAUGUAGACCACUCCGAGUAGGAACUAGAUCGG